AUUUACUUCACAACACUGGAGCUCAGCUGAUAGGGUAGCUUCCCAGUUGCUCUCCAAGGCUUAAACUUAACAAGUUCAGUUACAAUAAUAGUUGCAGAUGGGAGCCAAGGCUAAGAUCAGUUGGCCAUUAAUGUGGCUUUUGUUCUUGUGCUUUUUCCUACUGAAUUUGUCUGAUGGUGAAUCUUCAAGGUACGAGCAGGAAGAGCUGUCGUGGCUGGCCGACAAUGACGACGAAAUUAACAUGAUUCAAGGCAGGCAUGCCUCGCUCAGGAGAUGUGAUUUAACCUCUGGAAAAUGGGUUUAUGAUCAAACUUAUCCUCUUUAUGAUCCAAGCACUUGCCCCUACCUUACCACUGCAGUUACAUGUCAGAAGAACGGACGCCCUGAUUCUGAUUAUGAAAAGUGGAGGUGGAAGCCAGACGGCUGUACGAUUCCAAGGUUUGAUGCAUUGGAAUUUCUGGGGAGAAUGAGGAGGAGGAGAAUAAUGCUUGUAGGUGAUUCCAUAAUGAGGAACCAAUGGGAGUCUCUUGUCUGUUUAGUCCAAUCUGUUAUUCCAACUGCUCGAAAAAUGGUCACUUAUCAUGGUCCUGCCAUGGCAUUCCAAGCAUUGGAUUAUGAGACAUCGAUUGAGUUUUGUUGGGCUCCAUUUCUCGUGGAACUGAAGAAAGAAACAGGAGGCAAAAGAAUACUACAUCUAGACUUGAUAGAAGAGAAUGCGAAGUACUGGAGAGGAGUUGAUGUUCUUGUUUUUGAUUCAGCCCAUUGGUGGACUCAUUCUGAUCAAUAUAGUUCGUGGGACUUCCUCGCGGAUGGAAACAAUGCGUAUACGACUAUGAACCCAAUGGUUGCAUAUGAGAAAGGACUCACUACAUGGGCUAAGUGGAUAGACUUGAAUCUUGAUCCUCGCAGAAGUCGAGUCUUUUUCAGGAGCAUGUCUCCGAGGCAUAACAGGGACAACGGCUGGAAAUGUUAUAAUCAGAAGGAACCUCUUCAAUACUUCAGUCACCCUCAUGUCCCUCCACAAUUACCUGUAUUAAGAGGGGUGCUACGAAGGAUGAGAUUUCCAGUAUAUCUGCAGGAUAUUACUACAUUGUCAGCACUUAGAAGAGACGGCCAUCCAUCUGUUUAUGGUAGAUCCAUAGGCCAAGAAGAGAAACAGCACGUCAAAGGGUAUACCUCUGAUUGUAGCCAUUGGUGCCUCCCUGGAGUUCCUGAUACCUGGAAUGAAAUGUUAAAUGUUCUACUAUGAACAUAAAAUCUGAAGCAAUUUAUGUUCUAAGCACUAUGUAAAGGUGGAUUGCUCAGAUUAUUAGUGUCAGUUGUGGUGGUACUUCAUCAUUUCUCAGUAUCAUGCGGUUUCUCGAGCAAUGCCUGUGUUGUAUAAGUAUCCUAUAUAGAUUGGAGCGUCUGACAUCCGCGUUGUGACUUUGUGGUAGAAAAGUAUGCUUAUUCAUUGGUCAGUUCUUCGUUUUGUUGCAACAUCCUUAAUCAUUUUACUUAAUUUGCAUUGGUUGAA